UUUCCACACGGCACCAGUCUGCUUGCUGCUGCCCCUGCUGUGCCCACACGCAACCUAUGAUCAUUCCAUCUCUCACACCAGCCGUCCUUUUCCUCACAGCACCAAACCUUCGAUCCUUUCAUAACACCAACAUGGCGUCUCAACUUUCGGUCGACAGGAGCGUGCGGGUCAGCGUUCACACCAGCGGAAUGGAAUGGGCACCGUCUCCAUCUCCCUCUGUUUGGAGGAAGCGAGUUGCUCUGGAAGGCCCCCAAGAGUCUGGCAGAGUUACUUCUGUGGUGCGCUACGACGCCAACAGCCAGUUUAAUGAGCAUGGUCACCCAGACGGUGAAGAGAUCUUGGUCCUUGAGGGUUCGUGGCAAGAUGCCAACGGAGACCAUCCCACCGGCACGUACAUGCUCAAUCCGGAGGGGUUCCGUCACGCUCCGUGCUCCAGGGACGGUUGUGUGCUCUGGGUAAAGCUUCGGCAACACGGCGGCCCUUCUCGCAAGCACACUCGCCUCGACACCAACAGCAUGCAGUGGGAAGACACCGACAUCCCUGGGGUGAAGGCCAAGGAGCUGUAUUCGCACCCCGAUCAUGUCGAAUCCAUGCGAAUCGAGAAAUGGGAUGCUGGCGCGAAGGUCGAGCGCGAGUGCGACAAGAUGACCGAGUUUCUGGUGCUUGAAGGGGAGGCUGAGGCACAUGAUGAGAGCGAGACCUUCACAAAACGGAGCUGGCUGAGGCUUCCCGCGGGAGCCACGCUGUCCAUGACAUCCGCAGCGGGCUGCCAAGUGUUCGUCAAGGAGGGGGAGUGGCUUCCGUCCAGCAGCAACACCUACGCGCCGUGAAGAAAACCGGUUUCCGCGUUCUGCACUGCGUCCCACCGUUUAAAGAACCAGCCAAGAAGAGACUGGCGAUUGUGAUCGGUGGUGGUGCCGACUCUCGAGGGUGCAUUUCGGCGGAAGCGUACGAUACCGUGUUGCUUGGUGGAUCGCACGAGGUCGCCACGGCGAUGGUAGUGAACAUUAGUCUAAGGUAGUCUAGACACCAUUGUGUCACAUGAAUGUGUGGGGUGCAGCAUCGAACGAACCACAGGGAUUGAGGGGAUAUUCUCUCCUUUGAAAUUAAUGUAUUUCGGCUUUCCUUGUGUAUUUUCCCUACAACAGCGAGAAUGGGUUGUGUUUGUGGGGGGGGUGGGGGGUGAUUCCUUGUAUAUCUACUUCAGCAGUUGGUAGGCCGGCGCGUUCCUGCAGUGUGAUGGAUAGCAUCCGAAGUGAGCUACUGUACAGUACGGAGUGAUUGGACAAGUACAACACAGCAGCAGUACAUUUAUUUGCAAGAUAAUAGAGUGGCAACGAUGACGACGACAGUAGCACCAAAUAACAUUCACGGUAAAGUUCGAGGCGGAUGCUGGCAGGAGUAGGGCCGCUUGAGGUUUUUCGGGGCGGCCGCAUCACGGUGCGACUUUUGGGGGCCCUUGUGACGUCAUGUACAUGAAUGAUCAACAGCAACGAAUGGGGGAGGUGCUACGUCGGAAUCCCGCUCUGCGACCCCUCGCGGAACGUGCUUGGCUAGCUUUGCUGGCUUUGCUGGCUUUGCUGGCUUUGCCUCCGUGUACGCACCCGAGGUUUUGGGCACCUUGUGUUGGGCUUGUUUUUUCCCUGGCUGCGGCGGCAUCUGUACAGCGCAAGUGGUGCUGGAACGGAGGUCGGCUCGAUCCAAGGAGUUGUUGUUGUUGUU